UGCCCUUUAACUUAUUUUCAGCAGCAAUUGCAGUAUGCUUCAGAGGUGAGGAGCAGUACUGUUCACUUCAUGAAUUUAAGAAGUACAGGAACUCUGAAUGACAAAAGCUCUUUAGAUGAAACCACUUACGAAAAACUGGCUGAAGAAACACUGGAUUCCUUGGCAGAUUUCUUUGAGGACCUCACAGAUAAGCCUUUUACCCCAGAAGAUUAUGAUGUCUCUUUAGGGAGUGGAGUUUUAACAGUUAAAUUAGGUGGAGACAUGGGAACAUAUGUAAUCAAUAAGCAAACACCAAACCGGCAGAUUUGGCUGUCCUCUCCCACUAGUGGGCCCAAGCGCUAUGACUGGACUGGACGGAAUUGGGUAUAUUCUCAUGAUAGAGUAUCCCUUCAUGAACUACUAUCAAAAGAAUUUUCAGCAGCAUUAAAAACUAAAUUGGAUUUAUCCUGCUUAAUAUAUUCUGGAAAAGAAGAUACUUGAUGAUGUGCCACCUCAUGCAAGUUUAAAGACUUUAACCACCAGUGCUUCCUUGGUUUCUGAGUACCUGAGCUUAUUUCUGUUGUUGUUUUCUUGACAUCACUAUGUGCAAGAACAUGAAAAUAAUAUAUUUUUUCUCUAGCAUUCAGUCUUUGAGUUUCUCUGAUGCAGCUUGAAUGUGUACCCAUGCAGUACAGGUCGAUGUCCAUUCAUUCCCAUCACUGCAUUUUCUACUUUCUUACUGUUGAAAUCAACUGCAGUCCUGUUUGAAUGUAAGGACUGGCAUCGGGUGACCUCUGCCCAGUGCACAAAAGCAAAAUUUUUUUGUGAGAUAUUAACCCUAAACAAGAAAUGUCUGUGAAUCACAAUGAUGUAAGUUAUGGUACUGUGAUGCAUUGUAUUAAAAUUUGCAGCUAUUGAUAAGGUUUUAGUGUUAGUGCAAGCAAAUAAUGCAGGGAAGUCAAAUUGAACACGUCAUACAGAAAAUGACUGUGGCAGAGGAGAAUUUUUUGUUUUGCAAGAUGGAUGUAAUUUUUCUCUCAGUAUUGCAGAACUUGCUCACUUCUCCAAGUUCUAUAUUCUUUGACAUUGGGAUAUUUUUCUGAGCAAAAUUACCUACAGGUCUCUGUGUUUGUAAGCAUCAUGUGACUGAAAAAGGCUGGUGUGCAGUGUUAAAGCUGUGCAGCAAUCUCUCUGCCAACACUUUAUUCUCUUCCUGUGAUUUUUUUUCUUCCUGUUUCUACUCUUCAUAGAGCAAAAAAGAUGUAAUUUAUUGCCUAUGUGUUAGUUGGUAAAUGGAGAUUCUGUCAUGCUAGCUAGCAAAAAUUUCCACUGCUGCAUUUCUUAAGUAAGUGGGCUUGGAUUUUCAUGACGAUGCAACAUGGAAACAUUUAAAAGCUUUUACAUGUUUUGAACCUCGAGAAUGCUUUAACACUUGCAGUGUCGCAUUAUUGCCACUGACUGUUUUUAAUUGCCUUUAAAAUGGAAGCACAGUUGUUGACUGAUUACUGUGAUAACAUAAAGUAUUUUUUCAUUGUA